AAUAAAUUAUCAAAAUUCACAGUUAAAAAUAGUAAACAAAAUUCUCAGUUAAAUAAAUUUUCAAACACUUUCCGAGUCCAACGAAUUUUCCCAGUUAUUCGACAAUGAAUUUUUGCUCGGUACCUUACGAGGCCGACUACGGCAUGUAUGCCGAUGGAAAGUUGAAGAACAUGUCCCAGUUCCCGGCCAUGGGCAUGAACCCGGGCCAGGGUCAUGCCGGGCAGCCGCUGAACCCGCCCUCGAUGAACCUGCAGAUGCCCGGAAUGGCGCCGCCGCAACAAAUGCCCUCCUACCCCAUGCCCGGCAUGCCGUUGGGCAUGCCCAUGUCCACCAUGUCGUCCCAGCUGCCGAUCGGGGCGGUGACGCCGUUGAGCAGCAUGACGAUGAUGCCCAUGAACCUGGGCAAUCCGAUGGGCUCCAUCGAUGCCCCGGGCAUGAACGCCGUCAUUCCGGACCUGCAGCCCAUGUCCUCCAUGGGGCAGGUGAAUCAGAUGGGCCAAAUGGGUAACCAGGUGGCGCAAAUGGGCAACCAGAUGGGACAGAUGGGGCAGCCGAUGCAGCAGUACCACAACUCGGGCCACAUGAGCCAGAUGCAUCAGGGCCGCCUGACUGGCGGGGCCAGUCCGAUGAGCUCUGUCCAAUCGUCGCCAUCCCAGGCGGGCAACUGGAACCAGGGCGGCAUGCCCGCUUCCAGUCCCCAGAUGUCCAAUGGCGGCAUGUGGCAGUAUGGCCACUACAUGCAGCAGCCCCAACAGUCGCAGCAGUAUGGCCACCAAGGGGCACACCACAACCACCAUAACCAGCAGCAGCAUCAACAACACCAGCAGUCCCAGCAGGUGCAGCACCAGGCUGCCCCACACCUGCAGCAUCAGCACCACCACCAGCAGCAGCAGCAUCAGCAGCAGCAGCAAAACCCCCGGAUGAAGAGCUCCUACGAGAUGGCCUCCAACAACAUGAGCUUCCAGCGCGAGCUGAGGAACGGACUGAAUUCGCCCUCCAUGAACGACUCCAAGUAUAGUAAGAGCAAUCAAUCAUUUAACUGUGGAAAAUCGGUUAGCAAGGUCCCACAUUGGCGUUGAUGACCUCUGGACUUUCAAGCUUAUCACCUUUGUUAAUUUUACCCGAAUUUUCCCCAAAAUGCCAUGAUUUUUGGAUGAUGUCGACCAACACUUGCAAGCAAACCCCCUAAGACUCGCAUUACUCACACACAACACACACAACACACACAACACAC